AUGAAGUCCAAUCCUGCCAUCCAAGCUGCCAUCGACCUCACAGCAGGGGCUGCAGGGGGCACAGCAUGUGUGCUGACCGGGCAGCCCUUCGACACAAUGAAGGUGAAGAUGCAGACGUUCCCUGACCUGUACAAGGGCCUCACUGACUGCUGCCUAAAGACCUACUCACAGGUGGGCUUCCGGGGUUUCUACAAGGGGACCAGCCCAGCGCUCAUCGCCAACAUCGCCGAGAACUCUGUCCUCUUCAUGUGCUACGGCUUCUGCCAGCAGGUGGUGCGGAAAGUGGUGGGAUUGGACAAGCAGGCAAAGCUGAGUGAUCUGCAGAAUGCAGCCGCCGGUUCCUUUGCCUCUGCGUUUGCUGCGCUGGUGCUCUGCCCCACUGAGCUCGUGAAGUGCCGGCUACAGACCAUGUACGAAAUGGAGACAUCGGGAAAGAUAGCCAAAAGCCAGAAUACAGUUUGGUCUGUAGUGAAGAGUAUCCUUAGAAAGGAUGGCCCGCUGGGCUUCUAUCAUGGACUCUCAAGCACUUUACUUCGAGAAGUACCAGGCUAUUUCUUCUUUUUCGGCGGCUAUGAACAGAGUCGAUCGUUUUUUGCUUCAGGGAGAUCAAAAGAUGAACUAGGCCCCGUCCCUUUGAUGUUAAGUGGUGGAGUUGGUGGAAUUUGCCUCUGGCUUGCUGUUUACCCAGUGGAUUGUAUCAAGUCUAGAAUUCAAGUUCUUUCCAUGUCUGGAAAACAGGCAGGAUUUGUUGGAACCUGUAUAAGUGUUGUGAAAAAUGAAGGAAUAACAGCUUUAUAUUCUGGACUGAAACCUACUAUGAUUCGAGCGUUCCCUGCCAAUGGGGCACUAUUUUUGGCCUAUGAAUACAGCAGGAAGUUCAUGAUGAGCCAGCUUGAAGCAGACUGA